GUAGUCCUGGCGGACGUGGGCCCGUGAGGUGUGCUGGGAGCUGUGGUCCGGGUCGGCGGGCGCGCAAGUUGGCUAGUCUCUGCGGCCACCUCCGGAAGGGUCCGCCGGCUGUGCUGGUGAGGCCCAGUUCCAAGGCUCCGGCAUCCUGUGUCUCACUGAGCACUGCUGCCCGAUGGCCAUCCCCAAGCACUCCCUGAGCCCAGUGCCGUGGGAAGAGGACAGCUUCCUUCAAGUGAAGGUGGAGGAGGAAGAGGAAGCCAGCCUCUCCCAGGGCGGAGAAUCCAGCCAUGACCACACUGCUCACUCCGAGGCUGCACGCCUGCGCUUCCGGCACUUCCGCUAUGAGGAGGCAUCUGGUCCACACGAGGCCCUGGCCCACCUCCGAGCACUGUGCUGUCAGUGGCUGCAGCCCGAGGCGCACUCCAAGGAGCAGAUACUGGAGCUGCUGGUGCUGGAGCAGUUCCUGGGUGCGCUGCCCCCAGAGAUCCAAGCCUGGGUGGGAGCCCAGAGUCCCAAGAGCGGAGAGGAAGCCGCUGUGCUGGUGGAGGAUCUGACUCAGGUGCUGGACAAGAGAGGAUGGGAUCCAGGAGCCGAGCCCACAGAGGCAAGCUGCAAGCAGAGUGACCUGAGAGAGUCAGAGCCAUCAAAUGUGGUCACUGAGACCCUCAUGGGAGGUGUUUCCCUUGGACCCGCCUUUGUCAAGGCAUGUGAACCUGAGGGCAGCUCAGAGAGGUCUGGACUAUCAGGGGAGAUCUGGACGAAGUCUGUCACCCAACAGAUCCAUUUCAAGAAAACUUCAGGGCCUUACAAGGAUGUCCCCACAGACCAGCAUGGCCGUGAAUCUGGUGCCUCGAGGAACAGUUCUAGUGCGUGGCCAAACCUCACCUCCCAAGAGAAGCCUCCUUCAGAAGACAAAUUUGAUCUGGUGGAUGCUUAUGGGACAGAGCCUCCAUACACCUACUCAGGGAAGAGGUCCUCCAAGUGUCGCGAGUGCAGGAAGAUGUUCCAGAGUGCUUCGGCGCUGGAGGCACACCAGAAGACCCAUUCUCGGAAGACACCAUAUGCCUGCAGCGAGUGUGGGAAAGCCUUCGGCCGGAGCACUCACCUCGCCCAGCACCAGGUUGUUCACACAGGGGCGAAGCCCCAUGAGUGUAAGGAAUGUGGGAAGGCCUUCAGCCGAGUCACCCACCUGACUCAGCACCAAAGGAUUCAUACUGGAGAGAAACCCUACAAAUGUGGGGAAUGUGGUAAGACCUUCAGCCGCAGCACUCACCUCACCCAGCACCAGCGGGUGCACACGGGGGAGCGGCCCUACGAGUGUGACGCGUGUGGGAAGGCCUUCAGCCAGAGCACGCACCUGACUCAGCACCAGCGCAUCCACACCGGGGAGAAGCCCUACAAGUGUGACGCGUGUGGCCGAGCCUUCAGCGACUGCUCGGCCCUGAUCCGACAUCUGAGAAUCCACUCUGGAGAGAAGCCGUAUCAGUGUAAGGUUUGUCCGAAGGCCUUUGCGCAGAGCUCCUCCCUCACUGAGCACCAGAGGAUCCACACGGGAGAGAAGCCUUAUAAGUGCAGCGACUGUGGGAAGGCCUUCAGCCGUAGCUCCGCCCUGAUGGUUCACUUGCGGAUCCACAUCACGGUGCUGCAGUGACCGGAAGUCGCCCCUGGGGGCGUAGCACAGCGUCUUCUCGGAGGCUCAGCGUCUAAGAGGAACCAUGAGUUCCUGAAGAGCCACAGACAGGGUGGGUGAUUGAUGAGCUGUCAGAAUGAUAGGUGCCUGAGGGCAGACUCGGGCUGUCUAGGAACAACUCUGCAUUUGAGGAACCCUGAUGAGCACAAGGUGAUUCAGGCCAGCUGGAGAAGCUUCCAGAAGGGCCCUGCACUGCUACCCUCUAUUUCCCACUCAGGGCUGUCCCAGAGAGAAGGCAGCUGAGCUGAGGAUUUAGACUGGUUCUGAGGGCCAGGGCAAAUGAAGGCGCAUGUCUCUCAGAACUCAGCGUCCCAAGACGCUCUGGGCAGGCAGACUGUAGCUUGUUCUCAUGUGGUUCGUCUUGCCUGCUUUUCUGCUGCUUAGCCCAGAACGGACACCUGCCAUGCCCACCUCUGUGCCUUGGCACCUACUAUUUCCACUCCAGCCUGUUUUGUGCCUAACCGCAAGGCUGACUUUUGAGACUGCCUCUUCCAUGAUGCCUUUUCCACACUCUGCCUCUCUCGUGGUUUCCUGUUGUAAUCAGUGGUGCUGCUUGACACCUGCCCAGCAUGUUCCUGUCUCUCCUUUUCCUUCCACAUCCCACCAGUCACCAGCGCUAUUGUUUUAACCUAAAGCUUAUCUGUAAUUCACCUCCUUUUCCACCACUGCUACCUUAUGUGAGCCCUCAUUGCCUCUUGCCUGGAUUAUAGCCGGGGUCUCCUUCCUGACCCCUUCCUGCCUUUAUUCUCUGCCCCUGUAUCACUCUCCAGGGGACUCUUGAUAUUACUUAGAUCUGACUGUGUCACUCCAAGGUGGAAAGCUCUCCAACCCAUCUUCUACAGCACAGCUUCCUGAACAGGGUAUAAGUAUGCUGAGAUGCAGGCUGCUCUGGGCCCCGAGCAACCUCUCCAGUUAUCCUCAUAUGCGUGUAUGAAUACUGUCAUUUUUCUGUGCGUGCAGUGAAAAUGGCCUCAUCUCAUACCAUGGCUCCGCCUUCCAUACACCAGCCACACGGAACUACUGUGGUCCCUGAAGGAGCCAUACAUUUUCCCACUUAUGUGCCUUUGUACCUGUGCCUGGAACCCUCCUCUCCUUUUUCUUUUUUUUUUUUUUUGAGACAGAGUCUUGCUCUGUCGCCCAGGCUGGAGUGCAGUUUCGCGAUCUCGGCUUACUGCAAGCUCUGCCUCCCGGGUUCAUGCCAUUCUCCUGCUUCAGCCUCCCGAGUAGCUGGGACUACAGGCGCCUGCCACCACGCCCAGCUAAUUUUUUUUUUUUGUAUUUUUAGUAGAGAUGGGGUUUCACCGUGUUAGCCAGGAUGGUCUCGAUCUCCUGACCUCGUGAUCCACCUGCCUCGGCCUCCCAAAGUGCUGGGAUUACAGGCAUGAGCCACCACACCUGGCCCUCCUUUUUCACCUAAGGUGUUUCAAAUGUCGCCCAAAGAAACCUCCCUGCUCUCCAGGAGCAGACUUCAGCUUGCCCUCUCUGCUUCCAGAGCACCUCCUAGAUACCUCUCUUACAACUCCUACCACCUUGUUUUACUUAUUUGCUCCUUGUAGAGCUUAUAGUCUGCCUUUUCCAAGGAUACCAUAAACUCCUGAGAGCAGGGGCCAUGUCUUACUCUCAGUAUCUACAACACACAAGAUUCAAUAGGCCCUGACUGAUGUCUCUUACAUGAAUGUGACUGGUGCCCCCAGGAGGCAGUCACCAUGCUGUCUCUGCCCCACAUUGUCCUUAUGUAUGUUUACAUGGAUGUCUCCCCAGCAGCUUGAACCCUGGAGAGCAAGAACAAUCUGAUUUUCCUGAGGGCGAGCACCCAGAUAAGCCUGGCAUGCAGUGGCCUCAAUAAAAUGUGACUGUAUUGAGUCAUUUUCUAGGGCCCCAGAUCCCCUGGUGUCAUGGACUUAGUCUUUGCCAGCAUUCUGUCCAUGUGUUCUCUGGUCUUCUCUCACAAUGCUGCAUCCCUGUCCCAUUUUUAGGGUCCAUGUCUAUCACUGGACGCUGCAGCUUCUGUUCAUUACUGUUAGUGUGUCAUUCUUCAUGCCUCUGUUUCUGUGAUGGUCUCAUCAUAUGUGAACCAUUUGACCUGGCGUAUUGUGUACUAGUCACCGUCACCAUCUCUCCAUAUGUAUCUCCCUGUAUUUCGGGCCCAUUCCCUCUAUGUCAAGAGUAAAUAGAGGCACAGAGACUGAUGAGAAACGUUCAUAACAUGAAGGUAAGACUCAGGGAGACAGAGACUUUGUGGAAGUAUCUCUGAGGGAGUCCCAGACACAGGCAGAGAGGGCCACAUAUCAUGUGCCAGAGGCUGAGAGACUGAGAGGGAUGACAGGCUUAGGGGAAAACUCAGAGAGGAGAGAUGCACAUUCCUAGUGAAAUGAUUGCACAGGCUUCCAGCAUGCUGGAGGGAACAGAAAAGGCAUGGGCCUGAAUUCAGGCUGCAGAGCCUGACUCCUCCCUGUGGCUACUUUUGGGACCUAAGAUAAGUGACUUUCCUAAACCUCCAUGACCUCCUCAUAUGUAAACCAGGGACAGGACCCACCUUGUGUAGUGCCUGACCCAAAGCCUGGCCCUGCACACUGUCUCUGACUCACAGCAAUCAUCAGCACCUCUCUUUGCCUCCUACUUGCUCAGUCUCUGUCACAAGAACUGGAUCUCCAUCCCCUUGAUGCUCUGAGCAUCUUCACCCAUUUGGUCGUUGAGACAUAUCUGUCCAUGUCUGUCUAAAAGGGGAGGAGAUGAGGGAGAAAAAAGGGAAUCUACUCAGAGUCUGUGUGUGCUGCCCAGUCUACCAAAUAAUUUAUAUACAUCUCAGUCCUCACACAACCAUCCCUGUUUUAUAGAGGAGGAGGUGGCUUAGAGAAUGUAACUGACCAAAGUCACACUGCCAGGAACUGGAAGCACUAGGAUUUGACAGCAUAUCCAAAUAUGUCAGCAAUUUCAAUAAACAUGACUGUACUCAACAAA